GGGGAAAAAAAAAAUAAAUGUCGCAGAAGCGGCAACAACCGGAGGAGGGCACCUCUUUCGACGAGCGCCGCCCCAGAAAAUCGCCGUCUUUCAGAAGUGUGGUGAGGGAUGUAAUUAACCUCUGCAAAUUACAAAAUCUCAUCGAGCCCGUUUUGGAGCCUCUCAUUCGUCGAGUUGUAAAAGAGGAAGUCGAUUCGGCAUUACGAAACUACGCAAUAAGUAUGAAACGGAAUUGCGGGAAAGAAAUACAACAAAACCCUCCUGAAUCACGGAGUUUACAGUUACGAUUUCUAAGCGCUAUAUGUCUUCCCGUAUUCACCGGAACACGUAUAGAAGGAGAAGGGUGCUCGAAUAUGGAAGUUGCUUUAUUCGAUAAUCUAAUCGGAGAAGUUAUUUCCGAUGGUAUUGGAUCCUCUGCGAAAGUUGAGAUUGUAGUUCUUGAAGGAGAUUUUAACGGCGACGAGAGAGAAAAUUGGACUUUUGACGAGUUUAGAAAUAAUACGGUGAGAGAGAGACAAGGCAAGAAAUCCCUUCUGAACGGGGACGUGAUUGUAAAUAUUAAAGAUGGCACUGGUUUUUUGGGCAAUGUUAUAUUUACGGACAAUUCGAGCUGGACAAGAAGCCGUAAAUUCAGGCUAGGUGCUCGAUUUAUGGAUAAUAUUGGUGAUGUUAGAGUAAGAGAGGCAAUUUCCGAACCCUUUGUUGUUAGAGAUCAUCGUGGAGAACUGUACAAGAAGCACCACCCUCCAUCACUUUCCGAUGAAGUAUGGCGGCUAGAAAAAAUCGGUAAAGAUGGGGCUUUUCACAAACGUUUGAGGAACGAAAGAGUCAACACCGUGCAAGACUUUUUGAUGUUGUUCUUCUUAGAUCCCACAAGGCUUCGUAAUAUUCUUGGAACAGGAAUGUCUGGUAAAAUGUGGGACAUCACAGUCGAGCAUGCUCGAACGUGUGUUCUUGACAAGAAAUUAUAUUUAUACGGUCCCUCUCAAAAAAAUGCCGUUGUUUUUAAUGUUGUUGGAGAAUUAAUGGGGAUUUUCUCGAGUGGCAAUUAUUUUCCCGUGGAUAACCUCUCCGAAGCAGAAAAGGCUAAUGCCUACGUGUCGAUUAUCUCUGCAUUUCAAGAUCGAAAAAAGAUCGUCCCUUUUGAAGACGAGUCCUCCUUAAUUACUCAAUCUUCUUCAAAUUUGCCGUCUGAGGAUUUAACUUCUCAAUCUUAUUUGCAACAAAGUCCCUUUUCACCGAACUACAUGCACUCGUCAUUUUCCAUCGGAGGAUUCGAUGAUUGCUUGUCAGGUGGCGAUCUCACGUGUGACGAGCCGCUGGUGUACAGUGGACCAGCUGCAGACAGUUUAAUCUGCGACAAUCUGAACGAGCAUUUGGAGUAUUUUGAGACGGAUUUUCCGAUACACGGUGCUGUAAAUUCUUUUACAGCGUGUUCUUCGAAUCCUACUAUAGGUAAAGCUCAAAGGGGUUGGAAUAUUUUAGUGAGUGUAUUAAGAUGGUGGUUUACGAUUAAGAGAAUUAGGGCUCGAAAAAAUACGGGUUAGUGCAAUUCACUUCGUAAAGAAAUCGAAUGUCGCUGUCUGAAUCGUGAUCCCUAUGCAGUUAAAAUCGAAAGAAGAUUUUGAAGUUUGUUUUA